AAACGCAAACUUCCCCAAAUUCAAGCUAGGUAUUCCUUGGUUGACUUCCUUUCUCUUCACCACCGCCUCCGUCCGACACCACCACCAUCGCCUACCCUCUCUCUCUCUCUCUCUCUCUUCCUUCUUCUCUUUCUUCCCCAUUUCUCUAUUUCUUCGUUCCUGCGUGCGACACCCCUGUUCGUGGAGUCACCCUCUGUACGCGUCUUCAAGCACCGACAAGCAACCACCAGCGGCGGCGACUUCUGUGCCACCGCGACAUCACCACCACCCCACUGCCUCUCCAUUCUUCUUCCUCCUUUCAUCAAUGCAGGCCAACACCAUGCAUUCACAAGGUUUUGAUUGAACAGUUGACAUCUUCUCUUUUGAAUAAUUUGCUUUUCUUGAUUUAUUAUGGAUUAGUUAUUGAAGAAAAGGAAAGAAGGGAGUUCUUCAAAGAAAUUCAUCCUUGCGCAAAAAGUUAGACAAGUGUAUUACAUGCUAUAUCCACAAGGUUGUAAGUCUAAUUGGAAGGUUGUGAUUACAUGUAAACCACGAAAAAUAAUGAAGGAGGCACAAAAUGAAUUUGAAACCGAGGUGUAUCAGAAUGAUGAGCCUCCACAUGCUAGGAUCAUUUCAGAAACUGAGUUUCCACCAUCAUUAGCAUCUACAUCAGGAGAUGUUGAUAUGAUACAACUUCAAGUAGCUGACCUCCAAGUUCCUAAUGUAAAUAAUGAGGAGGACGAUGACAUUGAGAACUAUGAUGACGAUGAUGCUUACAUUGAUGAUGAUGGAAGUUCAGAAUUCUCGGAUUGAGGUACUACUCCAUGUAUGGACAUGUUGAGAAACUAGCACAAGAAAUCAAGAAAGGCGCUGCUUCGGUAGAAGGCGUUGAGGUCAAAAUAUGGCAGGUGCCUGAGACACUGCCAGAAGAAGUGGUUGGUAAGAUGGGUGCACCACCAAAGACUGAUGCACCAAUCAUCAUUGCCGACGAGCUGGCCACGGCUGAUGGUUUUGUCUUUGGCUUCCCUACUAAAUUCGGGAUUAUGCCUGCUCAAUUUAAGGCUUUCCUAGAUUCCACCAGAGGUCUAUGGAGGACACAACAGCUUGCAGGCAAGCAUGCCGAAAUCUUCUAUAGCACCGGUUCCCAGGGCGGCGGACAAGAGACGACAGCGCUUACUACUAUCACUCAGCUUGUGCAUCACGGAAUGAUAUUUGUUCCGAUCGGAUACACAUUUGGUGUCGGCAUAUUUGAGAUGGAGAACGUGAAAAGUGGAAGCCCAUACGGGGCCGAAACUUAUGCCGGUGAUGGCUCAAGGCAGCCAUCUCAGCUUGAGUUGGACCAAGCAUUCCACCAAGAAAAGUACCUUGCAUCCAUCACAAAGAAGCUCAAGAAGGAACAAGCUCUAUAAAAAAAUCUUGGCUUAAUACUUAUACACAAUAUAAUAAUAAUUAUUCAACUAGACAAUAAUAAUAGUUAUUUAUCUUGUCUUGAGUCUU